AGGAUCAAAACUCACAAAUAAACAUCAUUAUCCAUCAAUCUAAAAAAUAAGCUAAAAUCAUAUUACUAUAAUAAAUUAUAUAAUGUGAAAGAGUUAGGCCUAACCCACUUUGGCCCAAUCAGCCCACAAAGCCGUUCCCGGUUGUUCCCAUUCUAGAAUGUUCUCCGAUGCGCACCGUUCUCCUUUUUUUCCCCCGGAACUCGUCCCCUGGCGUCUGUCACCCAGAAGGCACCCAACGUGGGCCCUGCUCGGUCUCCGAGGCGGUUCGCCAGGACCAACCCAGGAGAAUCGCAGACCAUAUAUAUAAAACGUUCCCCGUUACAAACACCCCCCAAAUGAAACAGCGGCACGCUACAUACCGUUGGAUGCAAGCAAUCGCGGAAGCGAAGGGGAAUGGAAACCCUUCACCUCGACCCGGUGGUGCCUCCCUCCUCCUCCUCCGCCUCCACCGCCCCCCGUGGCCUCUUCACUGCCGCCGAGCUCGCGGCGGCGGAGCGACUCGUCCAGCUCAGCGCCAACAGCGGCACCCUCUCCGUCACGGCGACGGCGGAGGACCGGACCUCGUCUUCGUCUCCGCGGUCCGUCAACGCACGGCCACCGUCCCAGGUGACGAUCCCGAUGGAGAACGUGGAGGAAGACGACGACGAGGAGAUACGGCCCAGGAGGAGGACGCCGCGGUACCGGCCGAUCGCGGACAUCUACGCGGCCACGCGGCCCGUCGAUCGCGUCACGAGGAUGUGUGGCGUGCAGCGGCGCGAGAAGAAGAGGACGAGAGGAGAGGAUUAGCGACGCCGAACUUACGGAAGAGUCGUUGUGCUCUCCACCCCAUUACGUUUGGGGUUUCUUUGUAUCAGAUUCGCCCCUUAGAGAGAGAGAGGGAGCCAUAGAGGAAGAGAGACUCCUAUGUAGCCUUUAGUUGUUAUUGUUAUUGUUGUUGAGAGAGGGAGAGAGAGAAAGAGAGAGUCGUGUAAACUAUUGAUGUUGGAAUUAUGGCACAAGAUCUGCCUUUUGUGAUCCCUAAUGCACAUAAGUUUUUAGCUUUCAUGUUGUGGUUUGCAAUAAACACGUCUGUAUG